AUGAGGAAAGAGAUGGACGAACUAAGGAGCACUAUCAAAGAAAAGACGGACCAGAGUGUAGACAAAAUGGUAAGGGCUACAGAUUCGCCCUUCACUGCAGCAGUACUUGAUUGCCCCGUGCCGUCAAAGUUUCGCCUGCCUCAAUUAGAGCCAUUCGACGGACUCAAGGACCCUCAGGAUCAUCUUAAUACCUUUAAAACGACUCUGGGUCUCCAGCAGCCACUUGACGAGAUAUUGUGUCGUUCCUUCCCUACGACUCUCAAAGGAGCUGCAAGAGAGUGGUUUACUAAGUUACCAAACUCGUCCAUAGACAACUUCGAUCAGUUGAGUAGUGCUUUUUUGCGCCACUUCAUAGGGGGACAACGCCCAAGGAGACCAGUAGAUUAUUUACUCACCAUAAGACAGGGAGAGAAGGAGACUCUAAGGUCAUAUGUCAAGCGAUUCACCCGGGAAACUCUGGAAGUGGACGAAGCUGAUGACAAGGUGCAGCUGACGACCUUCAAAGCAGGGUUGAGAUCCAGAGACCUUGUGGCCUCUCUUACAAAAAACCCCCCGAAGACAAUGGCUGAGAUGCUCCUGAAGGCACAAAAGUCAUGA